AUGUGGAGUCUCAAGACACAUGGGUACGCCGACUCCUAUUGCUUGACAAAUGAUGCCAUCUCAGGUCAUGGAUCCACUGUGGCCGCUUCGUCCUUCACUGAGGACCUUCUCAUCCCCACAGAGAUCAGAGGUUAUGACUAUGUCAUAGGUGACGUGCGGAAAGGUGACCAACAAGGAGAAGAUUGCAUGAAGAAUUCUUGCUAUCAACUAGGGCUGGAUGCCCCCAGGAAGAAUACUGUGCUGUACUAUCCUGGGCGCUCACUCCCCCAGGGUCCCACAAGUUUGCAUAGAGCUCGGACGCCGGUGGCGGCUUGGCACGCUAAUCUGCCGCCUCCACAUGAGGAGUCGUGA